AUGUUCGGCAGCAUACGUCACUUUACAGCAAUUAUCAACCCACCGCAGUCUUGUAUUCUGGCCGUUGGAGGUUCAGAGCGUAAAGUUGUACCUGAUGAUGACGAAAACAGGUUCAAAACUAUAACAACAAUGCUUGUAACAAUGUCCUGUGAUCAUCGUGUUGUUGAUGGUGCUGUUG